UCACAGCUUCCGCAUUCCCACACAGAACGACGGGAAGGCGUCUCCUCGAGUCCUGACAGUGUGCUCGUCGUCAGGAGAACCGUUCGUUGUCAGCGUCCGUCAGACACAGGAGGGCGAGAUAGGAUCAUCAACUUCUAACCCAUAUAUCUAUGUGACGGCUGCAGCUGCAUUGUUGGUGCUCAUACUGGCAUUUGCAGCAAUAACAAAGUUCUAUCACCGCAAAAGAAAUAAGCUUCCAGAUCCGCCAGUCGAGGAGGAGGAGGACGAAGGACCUGCUACAGGCUGUGUUGAGGAACCUGGUCUGCCCUCGAUGUACCGGCACCCGACCUUCGAAACGCUUUAUUUUAACUCAUUGUUCCAUGCGGGAAUAAGCCACCAGCCCUUGCCGUACCCCGUCUUGUUCAGUGGAAAUCUCGCCCCACAAGAACAAGAUACGACGCUAGAUUCCGCCUCGUGUUCAUGCCAGACAGCACGAAGACGAAGCCAGCGAGGUCCGAACGGAACGCCGAGGGCAACCGAGACGCUUCGAGUUCCCGGUUCGGAACACGAUCCAGGUCCCGGUCAGCCAGUCUCAGCCGUGAACCCGGUCGACAUCCUCUCGAAUCCCGGUUUGAGGCAGAGUUAUGUGUCGUCGCUCCAGGGGCAGCCUUUCCACGAGGCCUACUACGACGAGAUGGUGCCCUUGGCCAACCUCCGGCCGCCGUCGAAGUCGUUUGCGAUAGGAGACCCCAGCUGCUACGAGACCCUGAACAACCUCUACGAACCGGCAGACCCCCUCGUUCCACCUGGCUUGACCCCCCCGCUGCCACUACGACCUUCGCCGCUCCUCCCUUCCGGCCGCCGCUCACGUCUCUUGCCGCAGGAAGGUCACACUUCGCCUCCUUCUGGUUCCACUGAAUCUCCUCUCUGAAUGACGGGCGAACUGACUGGGUUUUGAAUUAAUGAGAGUUAAUCUGGUCAAAGCAAGGUUUCAGUUUUUUUGUUUAUUUGUUUGUCAGUUUGCCUCUAUGUUUAUUUUUUCGCAUUCUUUCACAGUUUGAAUGUAUAAUUUAUUCUCCACAUAACCGGACAAAUAAUGAUAUUUCUAAAUACUUCUUUGACAUUCUUUUGUUCAUCAUUUCCAAUUCAGAUGCCAAUGUCAAUAUAUCAAAAGCGUGAAGUUUAAGAUGUUGCUAAAACCCUGCUUACAUAUAUUUCGUACUUUCAUAUAUUAUAUUUCUAGAUAAUCUGAUCCUAACAUUAAAUGUCAGAGUUUCAGUAUUUUCAGUGCUUUUUCUUAUGUUAUGAUUCUUGAACUGUUGAUAUGUAUCUAAUUUAUUUAUUUAUUUAUCUAUUUUUUUUACUCAUUUUAUUUAUGUUUUACUUCAACAAUUUAUUGUUGGAUGUUUAUAAAUGGAUGCCAUACACAUUGCGUU